AUGAGCAAGCGCGUCACGGCCUCGACGUAUGUGCGCUGCCUUGGCUAUGGGUUGGUGAGGCAGCUGGCGGACUUCAUGGAUCCCCAGGAAGGGUGGAAGCGGUUGGCCGUGGAUAUAAGGGAGCCGUCUGGAGAAAGCAGAUACAACCAAAUGCACAUCAGGAGAUUUGAGGCACUUAUACAAAUGGGAAAGAGCCCUACCUGUGAAUUACUGUAUGACUGGGGAACAACCAACUGUACAGUUGGUGACCUUGUGGAUCUGCUGAUUAGGAAUCAGUUCCUAGCACCAGCAAGACUUUUGCUUCCAGAAGCUGUAAGGAUGGGAGAAGAAGUUCCAUUACCUCUUUCUUCCCAAGAAAACUUGCCUGCACAUGAGAAACAACUGCCUGAGAAACAAUUGCCUAUACAGGAAAAGCAAGUGGCAUCUGUAAUGCCGCUUUUAGCUCCAGAUACUGAGAAACAACCUUCAGCUCCUUCUUACUUGAGUCAAGAGAAUAGCAGCUCCCAGUCUAGCAACAGAGAUCUCUGCAGUUUUGGGUUUCAUGAGUUGGAAAGUAUUACAAAUAAUUUCGAUGCACGACCAGAAUCAGCUGGAGGUAAUAAACUGGGAGAAGGUGGCUUUGGAGUUGUGUUCAAAGGCUACAUCAAUGGCAGAAAUGUGGCUGUCAAGAAACUUGCUGCUAUGGUUGAUGUUAGUGUUCAAGAAUUGAAAGAACAAUUUGAUCAAGAAAUAAAAAUGAUGGCAAAGUGUCAGCAUGAGAAUCUAGUGGAACUGCUGGGCUUCUCCAGUGAUGGUGCUGUGCCAUGCCUGGUCUAUGAGUACAUGCCCAAUGGCUCAUUGCUGGACAGACUCGCUUGUCUGGAUGGCACUCCACCAAUUCCUUGGAAAACAAGAUGCAAAAUUGCUCAAGGUACAGCAAAUGGCAUCAACUUUUUGCAUGAAAAUAAUCAUAUUCACCGAGAUGUCAAAAGUGCAAAUAUCUUGCUAACUGAUACUUACAUGCCUAAAAUUUCUGACUUUGGACUUGCAAGAGCAUCUGUAACAUUCACUCGAACUAUCCUGACUGACAGAAUUGUUGGAACUGCAGCCUAUAUGGCACCUGAGGCGCUGCGGGGAGAAAUAACCCCCAAGUCGGAUAUCUUCAGUUUUGGAGUAGUCUUACUGGAAAUAAUAACAGGUCUUCCACCAGUAGAUGAAGACAGGGAUCCACAGUUACUGUUAAGUAUCAAAGAUGAAAUUGAAGAUGAGGAAACAACUAUUGAGGCUUAUGUUGAUGAGAAGAUGAAUGACUGGGAUGCUGCUUCAGUUGACAAAAUGUAUUCAGUUGCUAAUCGGUGUCUGAAUGAGAAGAAAAACAGGAGGCCAGACAUUAAGAUGGUCCAGCAGCACCUGCAGGAGAUAGCAACUUGA